AUGUUUCCCGUCCCGUUAUCGCUUCUCAGCUUGUACAUUACCUUCCUCACUUUCCAAUUGGUUCAGGCAGAUUGCGAAUGUGGUUACACUGUCAAUUCCGCUCUCUACACAGACAUCAUCGAGACAGACUUUCUUCACUUGGCAAACAUCACCAACGACACAGAUUGGCAACCACAAAAUUACACCGUCACCCCUGAACUCGCGAGAGGGCCAUUUGGCAAGAAUGCCUCGAUCAGCAACGUCGUCGCCAAUCCACUCAAAAGUCAAUAUGACUGGGCAGGCGAUGGAGUCAAUGGUGGCGAUGCGGGUCUGCAGCUCUUUGUCAGAGGCGGCGUUCCUCAGGAUGGACUGAUACCAAUGGCCGAGCUUGCGACAGCGAGGAUAGAUAUGCUCUAUGGAAGCUUCCGUGCUGGCAUGAAGGUGACGGGAACACCUGGCACUUGUGGCGCUUUUUUCUGGUAUUUGAAUGACACACAAGAAAUCGAUAUGGAGUUCCUGUCCUCCGAAUUCAAUGCCACGUCCCAGCCCGUCAACCUCGUCCUUCAGUCGCCUGAAUCUGAAGAAGCAGGCUUCAAUGCCGCAAACACCGGCACAUUCCAGGUACACCAAUUGAAUUUUACUCCCUCAGAAGGCUUCCAUGAGUAUCGUUUCGACUGGUCUCCCAAUGCCGUCGACUUUUACGCCGACGGUGUCCUGCUUGAUACCAUGACCAGUGCUGUUCCCACAGCACCGGGCCACAUCACGCUGUCUCACUGGAGCAAUGGUGAUCCGAAGUGGAGCGCUGGGCCACCUACCGAGGACGCGAUCCUUACGGUUGAGUACUUGAAAGGCUACUUCAACAGCUCAGAUGCUGCACGGCAGCAGGACUGGUCAACGCGCUGCAUCAGUCCUUCAGCGGUGAAUGCAACAUGCCCUGUUCCCGAGGUCACACAGGCGCCGAAUGGAAAUGUUAGCGCGCACACGUCUUUCUUCAGCAUGCAGGCGAACGAGACGGGGAAUCAGACUGUGUUUGGGUCGAAGAAGAAGAGUGAAGGGAUAGCGUUGGAGAUCUCGAGGACGGGGGUAUUGGCAUUGGUGCUGAUGCUGUCAAGUGUGGUGGGGAUUCUAUUGCGAACUGGUUCAACUGGAAGAGCAAGAGUAGGAGGAUCAUUCGACGUCACAAUCAAGCAUUAUUGCGUGCCAGGCGCGUUUGAACGCUGCUGCACGACGGAAAAGCCUCGCAACCCACCAAAGCUUCCUCCCUCUGGCCAACGCGGACCUACCGCACAACCAACCUCCAUCAUGCGCAUCACGGCCAUCCCCAUAUUCUUCCUCCCCUUUCUCGCCUCCGUCCUCAUCCUCGCAUCAAACCACAUCCCAAAAGCCGGCCUGUUACCUCGCUCCCUAGACGCCAUCCUCGUCGAACCACGAGAACCCGCUCCCUCACCAACACCCACGCCCCAUGUCAAACAUCUCGACCUCCGGCAGGUUGCAGUAGGCGUAGGUGGAGCCGGUAAUGUUGCAGCGCCCGCUCAGCCGGCAGCCGUGGCACCAGCUGCAGCAGCUGCCCCCGCCGCCGCAGCAGGAGCAGAGGUCGAUCCGACGGAUUCACCGACUGUAGCGGCGGGCGGGGCGGCGAGCGCGACGCCGGUCAAGAGUGGGGCGAUUGGACUGGGGACGCUGACGGGGGUGGUUGGGGUCGUGAAUACGAAGGAUGCGAAGAAUGAUGCUGCGGGAAAUACGAUGGGUGUGGAGGUCUUGAGGAUACUGGGGUUCUGGGUGAUCGGUCUUGUUGUUGGGGGUGGGUGGAUGGGGAUUGGUAUUGCCGGAUAA